AUGAUAAUUGGUGCUGAACAUUUCUAUACGUUCCUGAAGGGUGGCCGGAUCACUUUGGGGAAAUCAUCACCCACGCUUGUGGAGAGCGUGUUUGGUUGGCUACUAUCGGGAAAGUCAUCCUAUGAAACGAUAUCCCACCCCCCGCUAUGCCAUAUUUCUACCUUGGAGUCACUCGAUCGGAACAUCGAGAAAUUUUGGCGUAUAGAGGAAGUAGAUACCAGAAUUCUGUCACCAACCGAGCAGUGCUGUGAGGAUUUCUACAAACGCUCAGUAUCCCGGGAAUCGACUGGGCGAUAUGUGGUCAAAUAUCCCAAAAAGGAAGGCUUUUCCCGUAUGAUUGGUGACUCCUACUGCAAUGCCUUGCAACGAUUGGAGAGUCUCGAAAGGAAACUAGAUCGGAACGAGGAAUUGAAGGAGAGGUAUUACGCAAUCAUGAGGGAAUUCAUAAAUCUAGGACAUAUGCGAGAAGUCUCCCCAGAUCAAGAAGAACCCGCUAUAGUUUGCUAUCUUCCCCACCACCCGGUGGUGAAGGAGUCGAGCACGACCACAAAGGUCCGUGGUGUGUUCGACGCAUCGGCGAAAACCAGUUCUGGAAAUUCACUGAAUGAUGCGCUCUUGGUCGGCCCCGUUAUCCAAGACGAACUGUAG